GUUGUCAUUGCUCUUGCGGCCUGGUUUCUUUGGAAAGCCCGUUGUGAUGCCAUUUUCAAACCUAUCAGGCCUAAUUUUCCUGUCAUUGCAAUCAAAGCUGUCGCAUAUGCCAGUGCUAAUCUUAGUACUCUCAAGAAUUCUUCUUGCAGGUUGCCUUCCUUUAAAUGUUGAAUCCCAAGCUGAGGCUGAUAUUUUGACUUUGGCUGCUGCUUUAAACGUCGUCACCUCUUUGCCAUUCCAAAUCAGCAAUAUCUUUGUCAGCAACACAAUGAUUUCGAAGCUCAUUCACUCGGUUGAUCCUGUUUGCUCUUGGCGCCUCAGCUCGUGCGUUGAUCGUCUGAAAAUUCUUCUUUCUCAAGUUAACUGGCCUCGUGUUAACUCUAUCUCGCGACAGUCACUCCGUGUCAUUUCCAAACUUGCUGGUCUUGGACAUAACCUCCAUCAAUUAUGUCUGUUUCACUCUGGCCGAGAGUUGCCUCAAUGGCUUAUGAAAUAUUUCUUAGAAUUUGGUUUUAUUUUUGCUUAAUGUUUAGCAGUCGGUUUCCUUGGUUCUUUUGGUUUGUUAGUUUUUUGUUUU